GAUCCGCGUCACCGCCGCGCCGCAACCCAUUAUUCCCGUUCUCGGUCUCGGUCUCGCUCUCUCACUGUAUUCACAAAUACUCGAUCAACGUAUAAACCCUUUUUCGAGGAAAACACAGUCUCGGAUGUCAAAGUAGAUAAUUUUUUCAGCUCAAGAUUCAAACGGGUUCAACUGUCCCCGAGUUUUACCGAACAUAAUCGGAAGCGGCCGAUUCGUCUCGGGCCGAGCUUGACCGAGGUUUACCGACGCGGGCCGAGCCGCGUUCGAAGCUCGCGCGUUUUUCGAUCGCUGUUUAGCAAGAGUAACGAAUCGAACUGGACUUCGAGGCGGAACGACGCGAGGUCGUUAUCAAACGAAGCCGCUAUUUAUAUCCGCGUUCCACGCGCUUCUACGACGAUCUCUCGGAUUAACCGAGUGCUUAAUACGCUUUGUUUUUAGUGUUUCGGGACGAACGUCUCGGUAACGCAAGGUGAGAGAAAAAAAACAAAGAACGUCCGGUUUCGAUCUUGUUGAAACGAGGUCGCGUGGAAAGAGGGGGGAUCGCGUUUUGUCGCGUUGAAAUCGAUCGCGUUUUCGCUCGAUACGUUCGAUUCGACUCGAUUCACGCCUACUCGCUCGUCAGAGGAGCGACGGGCUGGCAACGCGGUUGAGACGCGCGUCGAAACAACCGUGCGCGUAAAAUAGCCUCUUAGAGUUUAUUUUGAUCGGCUCCAUUUAUUUUCGCUCGGUUUACCGUUUCCCAAGGAUGUUUCCGAACGGUCUGGGGAGCGUGUCCGAUAACGCGGAGCCGCGCUCUUCGUCGAGGUCACCGUCGCGUUCGAUCUGGGAGAUCGAUGGCUCGCGACGGUGAAGGAAAGUUCGGUUUUGAGGUGCACGCGACGAUGCCGGACGGGCAAACAAGAACGCGAAGGCCCGCGAUGAUCCAUAUAUUCGAGAUCUAUUCGGAGCCGAGGUUUGGAACCGUGCCAAAUCUAUUUUUCCGAGCGAAGGCGGGAUCGCGUAUUGUACCCGUGCUAAUUUCGUCGCGUCGUAACGCGCUCCAUCGACGAGGUGUGGGUGGCUGCUCGGUUCGCUGGGUGCAGGAUGGUCCUGAUGAAGUGGGUAACUACUACACCCGUCCCGCGAAACUGCUGGACUAUAUACCGUCUCCGUACCCGAACGAGGAGGCGGCAAGGGCCGCGAAUUUCGGCGCGUACCCUCCGGACCUGACUCAGAUGGUGCACGCUCGAAAAUACGGGUUGGAUUACUGCUUCUCUCUGCUGACUGGCUUCAUGGAUCCCCCUGCCGGCGUCGAACUGAACGAAGGUCAAUACUUCAACAUCUACUUUCCCGGUGGAUUCACGACGAUGCCGCAAGUACAUAAGUUUCGAGCUGGUUCGAGCGUGGCAAAAACUUGCCUCUACGUUAGGUUUGUUUUAGCUGCUGUACAGCGGCAUGGUGGAGUACGACGACGGCACGCCGGCGAGCGCGUCGCAAAUGGCGAAGGACGUGGUGGAAUUUUUGAAGUGGACCGCGGCCCAGGAGCUCGACGCGAGCAAGGAGAUGUUGAUCAAAGGGCUGGGUAUCUUUCUGCUGAUGACGGCGUCGGCGUUCCACGUGUACAGACGCUACUGGUCGACCAUAAGAAGUCAGCGGAUCGCUUACGUGCCGCUCACGAAAUUCGCCUCGAUGGGCCGGCGCUCGCAGGGGAAGGCCGACACGCGAUAGCUGAUUCCGAGUUAACGUUUUGUGAGUUGUUCCAGAGAAUCGAUCGGAUCGGUACGGCACGGUCGGUAGCGCGGGCGCAACAUGUGCCACCGAUAAUCGUUUCGCAACGCACGGCCUUGACGAUGCCCGUAUACUCGAUCGGGCCGUCUAAAAAUAGAAAGCUCGAGAAGCCGUGCAACGACGUUACGAUGCGUCUCUUUUGCCGUCAGUCGUUGGCUCCGAUCGACGACAAACUACGUAUCGACGGGUGAACACGGUCGCUGAUCCGCCGUUUUGCACCCACGGGUAUCUCGUGCUUUCUAAGCUGGAGCUGCUAUCGAUUGUAUCGAAACUUUAUCGUUGAUCUGAUAGAGUGACCUAACCUAUCGAAUUUAAAUAAGAUAACAUUAAAUUCAAAUGAUCUAACUUCACCUAACUUAAUACAAAUCUGAUCUAACCUAGUAGACUUGAAUAAUAAAGCUGGACCUAACCACACCUAACUCAAAGUCAAUUUAACCUAACAUUAUAGGCAUGAAUAAUAAAGCUGGACCUAACCUAACCUAAAUCCACAUUAAUGUAAUCUAACCUAAUAGAUUUGAAUGAUAAACCUGGACCUAACCUUACCUAACUCAAAGUCAAUUUCACCUAACCUGACGGAUUUGAAUCAUUAAGUUCGACCUAACCUUGACUAACUCAAAAUCAAUCUAACUUAACCUAAUAGAUUUGGAGAAUAAGAUUCAACCUAACCUUGACUAACUCAAAAUUAAUCUAACUUAACCUAAUAGAUUUGGAGAAUAAGAUUAGACCUAACCUUAUGAAUUUAAAUAAUAAGAUCAGACCUAACCUUACCUAAUUCAAAGCCAAAUUAGCCCAAUCUUAUAAAUUUGAAUGAUAAGAUCAGACCUAACCCCACCUAACCCAAAGUCAACUUAGCCUCAAUUUAUAAAUUUGAAUAAUAAAUUGCACCUAACCCUACUUAACUCGAAGUCAAUUCAACCUAACCAUAUAGAUUUGAAUAAUAAAAUUAGACCUAACCUCACCUAACUCAAAGUCAACUUAGCCUUACCCUAUAAAUUUGAAUAAUAAAAUCAGACCUAACCUUACCUAACUCAAAGCCAAAUUAGCCUAACAUUACAAAUUUGAAUAAUAAGAUUAGACCUAACCUCACCUAACUCAAAGCCAAAUUAGCCUAACCGUAUAAAUUUGAAUAAUAAGAUCAGACCUAACCUUACCUAACUCAAAGUCAAUGUAACCUAAUCUUAUAGAUUUGAAUAAUAAGAUCAGACCUAACCUUACCUAACUCAAAAUUAAUCUAAUCUAAUCUCAUAGAUUUGAAUCAUCAAAUUCGACCUAACCUUGUCUAACUCAAAAUUAAUCUAAUCUAAUCUCAUGGAUUUGAACAAUAAACCUAGACCUAACAUCACCUAACUCAGUCAACUUAACCUGAUGGAUUUGAAUCAUCAGGCUUGACCUAACCUUGUCUAACUCAAAAUCAAUCUAACCUAAUAGCUCUAAAUAAUAAAGCUGGGCCUAACGUCACCUAACUCAAAGUUAAUCUAACCCAAUCUAUUAAAUUUGAAUAAUCCAGCUCGACCUAACGUCACCUAACUUAAUGAAAUUGAUCUACCUUGACCCACCCUAUAAUAAUUAUUUAAAAAAUAAAAAUAAGCGUUACAUUUUGCUGCAACCGCCAUAUUGUAUCGAUAUCAAUAAUAUCGAUAUAUCAAUGUCAAUAAAAUGAACAUCGAUAGCAGCACCGUUUUCUUCGUAACGGUCAUUUUCGCUCGAGGAGUCGUUAAAGCCCGAGAGCGUUAAUCGAUACUCGAGAAGGUUAAUUAUCGAUUUAAUUGGCUUUGUAUAUCGCUCCGUCGACGUCUCACGGAAUCGCGUGGAAUUUGGUGGCAACGCGGCGUGCCACGGCGAUGAUCUAUGCGCGCGUACGAUUCGUCUCGAUGCUGAAUGGCAACGAGAGUGCGCGAUCGCGUAGGAGAGGGAAGGGGUGGCACGGAUCGAAAAUAUAUACGAAACGAUGAAUGAAACCUCCGCGUUAAGGUUGAGAGCGCGCCAACGAUUUCUCGAUCCAACGAGCCACGUAUGCCGAGACCCGUUUACUCUCCGAGGGUCGCGAUCGAUCGACAUACGAAACCGGGGUGGACGCGGGAAAAAAACGCUGUCGAUUUCGUGCAUCGAAGAGAGAACGUCACGGUGGUUGUUUUCCGAUUCCCACGCUGCUAGAAUACCGUCAACCGCAAACUCCGGGUCGCCUCGAUGACCUCGCCCGCUUUCCUGUCUGCUCGCUCGCUCCGUCUCGCACCCGCGUUUCGAUGGGAACACAAGGAGAGGAGUUCGACCGAUCAGAACACGCUAAGAACCCC